AUGGCAUCGAGCCUGGCCGUGGAGCCAACGGCCCCCCCAGUGACUGUGACGAGCCCCACCGCAGCCGAGGCCACGGCCACCGACAAAACCACCUUCUCCACCGGCGUCACCAUGGAAGAGGUCCCACACGCCCUGAGCGCAGGGAGCAUCGUGGCCAUAACCGUGACGGUCAUCGUGGUGGUGGUGGUGGUUUUCGGGGCGGCGGCGUACCUCAAGA